AUGUUAUCCACAAUCAAUUUUUGCCUCGCAGCAUCCAUCAUUAUAGUUGUUCGCUCACACAUAUGGACUGGAAUCUUUUUGAUCGAACCAGAAUGUAAUACAACAGUUUGCUGUUGUGCAUCUGGAAAACUCGUUAUAACGAAUAAAACAAAUGAUAAUUUUGAGUAUAAAUCCGAUCUAAUUGGUAAAUGUAACAAUCGAACUAAAUUUCAAGAUUCUGCAAGUUCUCCAAGUGGUUUUUCGACUUCGGUACGGACGAAUAACCAAAAUUAUACGAUUACACUGAGCCUGGGCAGUAACGUCGUGAUAGCUACUCAUGAAACUACAGCCGAAUGUAGUUUCAAGGCUUACAGGGAAAGCAAUGCCGGUAAGCAAUUUGGAAAUACCAUUCUAAUGGUUGCUUUGAUUUUAAUUGUACAAGUAUUUGAUAAAUAA